UUGGUUUAGAUCGUGUUAUUAUGUAUUAUGAAUUAAAUAAAAUAAAAUAUUUAUAUUGCUAAACCAACUACACGCUUGAGGUCGCCAUGGUGGCAUUUGAUUAAAUGCGUUUGGUACUUCGUAAGUACGAAACGAAAAAAAAUACUCAGAGGUUGUAAAACAAGUCUAAACUACCUGCUAAUAUGUCCAGAUUAUCAUAUGUGUAAUGUUAUAUGUUUGUCAGUUUAAAAUAUAUCAGUAUGACACGUAAUUAUACACGCACUGAAAACGAUGAAUUCAAUAAAGUUUCACUUUCACGUGUGUAUUAUUAUUAGUAUUACUACUUUUAUACUUACGUAUCACUAUAUAAUAUUACAUUCUAUAUUCUCUUGCAAUAACUUAAAACGUAACAUUUGGGUUCGUAAAUAAAUACUUUAUCGUACAUAGGUACUUGCAUUUGAAUGUGAUGCAUCAUAAAAUAUAAUAUGUGCAUUGUUUUGUACAUGCGAAUAUUAUUCAUUGCAUUAAUAUACUACACUUUAUAGCACGAUUCUUGGGAUCAAGUAAAACGUAUAUUAAGUUUAAAUAUUCCAUAAUAUUUUAUCGAAGAUAUUUUAUGCUUUGUAAUAAUAACACUUCCUGUCCCACAAAUUCUAAAAUGAACAUUAAUAUAUGAUGAAAUAAAAAAAACCUGCUGGAUACAGGUUUCUGGUGGGUUGUGGAGAGUCAGGUGGGCUACUUGUAAUCGUCAACAAUAAAUACGAUUCGGAACAUAAAUCGGUGUGGUUUGUAUGUGUGUGUGUGUGUGCGUGAGUGUUUUCAUUUUAAAAAAAAAGAUCGCAUUCAUAUUGGAGCUAUUAAAUAAUAUAAUACAAUCAUUGAUAGAAUUAUUCUAAUAUACCAUGAAUUCAUAUCACACACGUUCGCACAAUAUCGAUUAUUUAAACUCUAAGAACUCUUAAAUUUUACUGUUUGUGUAUUAAAUGUACAACUAUUGCAAUUGUGCUCGUGCAAGGUACCUAAUGUACUGUUGUAUAAUAUAACAUUGUUCACUAACUCGUUGAAUAAAAAGAAAAUAAUAUAUUAAAACGAUUUAUUAUUAACGUAACGCGUUACUCGCUUCACCCAGAAACUAAGCCAAUUUGUAACGAAUUGUUGGUACGUUUUUAAUAAUUCCAUGUUAUUUCUCGAUGUUUAUACGACGUAUUGGUAAGUUUCGACCAGGGGGUUGCUAACCUACACAAGUGGUAGCCAAACUUUUUUUUACCUAGGGCCAUAAGAAACAAUUUUUUACCGCUGGCCAUAAAGAAAUGUAUUUUUUAAUUUUUCAAUUUUUUUACGUAAAUGUAAAAAAUUAUAGUUACGCAAAUAAGUGUUGUGAUGUAGAAUACUUUCGCGGGCCAGAUAUUAAAUCAUAACGGGCUGUAGUUUGGCCACCACUGACCUACACCAUCACGUUCGUUGUCAUUGAUCCAACAAAGUUAGAUAUGUGAUGCUAUGUUUCAAGUAUAUGCACUUUAUAUGAAUCUAACUUAUUUCCGAUGCAUCAGUGUUUAAUAAAACGGCAAUAUUAAUAGUAGCACCCGCCAAACAUUAUUAUCAAAAGAUGAAUAGGUGCCAGGAAAAUAUCAAAUACUUGAUCCCAAAACCGGAAACGCCUGUGAUUAAACCACCGAUGUACCGUUCGGUUUAUACGGAAUCUGUGAAAAAUGCGUAUAAAUCCAAUAAAGGCUGUCAUCGGACAAUGGGUUAUGCGGAGAUCCAGCUCGAUCCACCAACACAAUUUUUAAAAAAACACACCAGAAAAGUGCUGAGACCGUGUGUCGAAACUCUUAAGAACUGCAAGUGCACAAAUAAAUCAAACGAACUACCCGCGUCUGAUGCAUCUUAUGCAAAAAAAAAACCACAGACGAAAACUCACGAAAACCAAAUCCAGAAAAAUAUUCGCAAGAAGAAUAUUAUUGACGUGAUUAAAAGAGUGCCAUCACAGCCAAAACACAGAGUCCAAGACACGAGAAACGGACACGUGAUCGUUCUGAACGAAGCCGGACUAGAGCCAAUGUAUGUGUCCAAGAAGAAUUAUGGCCAGACACCUUCGUACAUAUUGAAAAUGUAUAAGGAAAAGGAAAUGGCAAAACUAAUGGAGACCGAACGAAAAAGAGCAGUCAAGCCGCCAUUACGAUAUUUGCCCGAAGACGAACGUAAUGAGUUGUUGAAAGGUCUGAAGACCAAUUGGGCGGAAUUGCACAAAGAAUUUUUAUUAUUACCAAUGCUCACCGAUACGAUGCCGAAAAUGAAAAGAAAAACAAUGUUGGAAAAGCAACUGAACAACUUGGAGAAAGAUAUCGACUUGCUGGAGAGAAACUCGUCUAUAUAUGUUCGUCAAGAUCUAUAGGAAUUUCGACUUUCGUAAAAACGUUUUUUAAAAUGGGAGAAUAUUAUGCCAAAUUAAAAAUAACAAAAACUUCUUUUAUCAUAGUACGAUAAGUUUUUAUACUACUUCUAUUUCUAGAAUGCUAAUAAUCAUUAAUAAGGAAGUUUGUAUACAUGUAU